CAAGCUCCUCGUCCUCUCUCCACGACUUUCUCUUGAACGAAUUGACACCUCUCCAACCCCGCUUACCUGUUAUGAUUUGAUGAACCUGACGAAUUUCCCUGUAUUCUAAACAUACAUCAAAGACAUCAAAAGUCUUGCGGCGUCAAAGGCUCCUUUUUUAUCUAACGGAGGUCCCUUCUACGCUUAUUUGUUGGGUGACUGAUUGUUUGUUCCAAUUUCGAAAUCAUUAGCCGAGCGUUGCGGUCAGGGUCCAUCAGCUUCGUGUUUCAGUGGAUUUAUCUCUAGUGGAUCAAAAUGGCUUCAGACAUCCCUAAGGUUGUUCCUUUGACUUGUCAUGGACACUCGCGGCCCGUGCCUCAUAUUAGCUUUUCCUCUAUAGUGGAAGAUGACCAGUACUACCUUAUCUCCGCAUGCAAAGACAACAAUCCUAUGCUCCGGGAUGGCAUAACUGGAGACUGGAUUGGCACUUUCAUGGGUCACAAGGGUGCUGUAUGGCAGGCCCGCCUAUCAGCAGAUGCUACUAUUGCAGCCACUGCCGCAGCUGACUUUUCAGCCAAGGUGUGGGACACCCACACGGGUGAAUGUCUGCAUACACUGCAGCACUCGCACAUUGUCCGCGCCGUGGCCUUCCCCAUUCAACUGAACCCGCAGGUCGUUGCCACUGGUGGUGCAGAGAAGAAGCUUCGUAUUUUCGACCUAACAAGGAGUGAAACUAGCAACGCUUCAUCUCCCACAUCCCCUAAUGCCAAUGGAGCGGGAUCUGGCUCGACAAGCUAUGAGAUUGGCGCAGGUGUCCACGCUGGCACGAUCAAAUCUAUUGUCUGGAACCAGGAUUACAACAUCCUAACGACCGCUGCUGAGGACCGAAAGAUCAGAUGGUGGGAUCUUCGUUCACGGCAUCCAGUCGUAGAGUACGCUGUUGAGGGUACAAUUGGCACCUGCGAGCUCAACAGCCUAGCAACUUCGCCCAAUGACCCAGGAAUUUUGAGCGUCGCCGCAGGAAAGAGUGUCUACUUCUUCGACGGUGCCAGUCCAGGCCGUCUACUCAAGAAGAUCGACUUCAAAUACGAAGUGGCCAGUGUCGCUGUAAACAACGAGACUGGUCGAUUCGUCACCGGUGCCGGCGAUGACACCUGGGCGCGUGUGUACGAUCUUCACACUGACGAGGAACUUGAGGUCCAAAAGGGUCACCACGGCCCCAUCUGGUCCAUCAGUUACUCCCCAGACGGCAAGCUCUACGGAACCGGAAGCGAAGACGGAACCAUCAAGCUAUGGAAAGCCUGCAGAGAACCCUACGGAUUAUGGCGAUAGAGAGAGAGAGAGAGAGAGAGAGAAUCAUCUCUGAUUCCCAUAGGGAAUCCCCCCCCCCCAAAAAAAAAAACAAUUUUUUUUUCCUUACCCGACCUCAUCACCAUUUCGGUAGCAUUGUACGGAGUACACACACACACACACCCUCUCUCUCCUUUUCCUGUCUACAAUUAUAUGCCUUCCUUUCUUCAAAAUAU